GUAUAUAUUUAAUUAUUUAAAAUUAAUAAAUACUGUAAUCACCCAACUAGAUGCCAAUGUAUAUGUGGGUGGGAAGAUUUAUAGAUGAAAUAUGUGUAAUCAAAAACAGAUUUGAAAUUUUUGAUAAGGCAAUGUCAAUAUAUUCAACUUCUUCAAAUCACCAAACACUGCCAAACCUUUCACCAGCUUUUUAAUUUGCAGCACUAAACAAACAGAAAAAAAAAAAAAAGAGAAAGAAAGCCUUAACCAUUUUUGUCUUUGGUUGGUUCAACUUCCAUACCUCACACCCCUUCUACUGUGUCUCCAUAUAUUUGCGGUUGCUGCCUCCAUCAGCUAACUCUCAUCUCAAUACCAAAUUAUGGCAUCUUGUUUCAAUAAACCAAGCAUAGAAGAAGACUCAGCUGUACUCUGCUCAACUACUACUUCUGAUUCCCCAGAGGAAAACACCAGCUCCUCCUCUUCUUCCCACCACCUCUCACCACCACCACCACCACCGCCACCAUCAAUACCAUCUCACUAUUCUCAAAUAUCCUACAAACUUACAGUAACAGAUCUUUCCUACACCAUAUCUCCUAGUGAGUCAAUUGCUGCCUCAUUUUGUCACUUGCUGCAAAAGCCCAAGUCUAUUAACAUACUUCAAUCAGUCACUUUCCAAGCAAGAAGGUCUGAAAUUCUUGCCAUUGUUGGUCCAAGUGGUACUGGAAAAUCUAGUCUUCUUCGGAUAAUAUCAGGAAGAGUUAGAGAUAAAGAUUUCAAUCCAAAGAGUAUAUCCAUAAAUGGUCGAUAUAUUUCUAGUCCUUCUCAGUUGAGAAAGAUAUGUGGAUUUAUAGCACAAGAAGAUAAUUUGCUUCCUUUACUUACAGUGAAGGAAACACUGAUGUAUAGCGCCAAGUUUAGACUCACGGAAAUGAGUGCAAAAGACAAAGAAGAAAGAGUAGAAAGCUUGAUGAUAGAACUUGGCCUCUCCCAUGUUGCUGAUAGUUUUGUUGGUGAUGAAGAGAAUAGAGGUAUUUCUGGUGGAGAAAGGAAAAGGGUAUCUAUUGGUGUUGACAUGAUUCAUGAUCCUGCAAUCUUACUUCUUGAUGAGCCAACUUCAGGUCUGGACAGCACUUCAGCACUUCAAGUUAUCGAGCUUCUUUCUUCAAUGGCAAAAGCAAGGUCAAGGACAGUUGUGUUAUCCAUACACCAACCAAGUUACAGAAUCCUUAGAUACAUUCACAACUUUGUGAUUUUAUCUCAUGGUUCAGUUGUUCAUAAUGGUAACUUGGAAUCAUUGGAGGAAACUAUAACUAAACUAGGAUUUCAAAUCCCAUUGCAACUGCAUGCGCUAGAGUUUGCAAUGGAAAUCAUGCAUACACUUGAAGCUUCAAAGUCCAAAACUUACACAUCUCCUCUAGAAAACAAUCAUGAGCCACAUUCAUACUCAAUUUGGCAUGAUGAAUCAAUUGGUCAAUCAAAUGAAGGUAUGAUCAAGAAAAAGGGUAAUUAUGAUUUUUUUAAUCUUUCUGAGAUCAUGUAUUUAUGCUCAAGAUUUUGGAAGAUUAUUUAUAGGACAAAGCAGCUAUUCCUGGCAAGAACAAUGCAAGCCGUUGUUGGAGGAUUUGGAUUAGGCAGUGUGUAUAUAAAGGUAAGAAAAGAUGAAGGAGGAAUUACUGAAAGAUUAGGUCUCUUUGCGUUCAGCCUAAGUUUUCUUCUUUCAUCCACAGUUGAAGCACUUCCUAUCUAUCUUCAAGAGCGAAAAGUUCUGAUGAAAGAAGCAUCAAGAGGAGCUUACAAGAUCUCCUCUUACAUGAUAGCUAACACCAUUGUUUUCUUGCCAUUCUUGUUUGCUGUUGCUAUUCUUUUCUCAGUACCGGUUUACUGGCUUGUUGGCCUAAACCCUUCCGCCUCUGCUUUCAUCUUCUUCACAUUUGUGGUUUGGCUCAUAGUGUUGAUGGCCAGUUCAUUAGUUCUCUUCUUAAGUGCAGCAUCGCCUGACUUCAUUUCAGGGAAUUCUUUAAUCUGCACAGUUCUUGGAGCAUUCUUUUUGUUCUCUGGAUACUUCAUUCCAAAAGAGAACAUACCAAAGUAUUGGAUUUUCAUGUACUAUGUUUCCCUUUAUAGGUACCCUUUAGAUUGCCUUGUUACAAAUGAGUAUUGGAGCAUGAGAAGUGAGUGUUUUUCUUGGCAAAAUGGUGAUGAUCAAUGUCUGGUUACUGGAAAUGAUGUGUUGAAGAGUAGAGGACUUGACAAGGAUAGUAGGUGGAGUAAUGUUGGGAUCAUGCUGGGUUUCUUUGUGUUCUAUCGUUUGCUUUGUUGGGUUAUUCUUGCUCGAAGGGCUUCCAAAACAACUAUAUAAUUUUAUACAUCUUCAUAAAUUAUACUAUGAAACUGCUAUACUUCAUUCUAAAAUUGUACACGAGCAAUAUAUAAUCAUAUACAAAUGAAAUAAUUGCAAUGACUGUUUGUAAGAAAUAUAUAGGUUGACA